GACUUGUGUGGCGGCCGAGUGUGUGCCAUGGCGGAGCCGGGCCCGACGCCCCGGGGCGGCGGCGUCCGCAGAGGAACCCGGGGGGCCCGAGGCGGCCGGGGCCGGCGUCCUCGCUCCCAGCGGUCUCCAGCCCGGCGCACUGUGGACUCGGUGCUGGUGGACUUGGUCAGCGAUAGCGAUGAGGAUGUCCUAGAGGUCGCAACCCCGCGCACUGCUGCGGACCCGGUUGCGGUCCCUACCCCCAACCUCCCCGUGCCGGCCGCGCCCCGGGACGACAGCGACAGCGACAGCGAAGGGGCGGACGCAAGGCCCACAGAAGCCCCGCCGGCCGCGGUCAGGCGGCGACGGCGGCUGUUGCUGGAUCCAGGGGAGGCACCGGUGGUUCCGGUGUACUCCGGGAAGGUGAAAAGCAGUCUCCACCUCAUCCCAGAUGACCUAUCCCUCCUGAAACUCUACCCCCCAGGAGCCGAGGAAGAGGAGGAUACGGCAGAUCCUAGCCGUGUCCACCACGAAGAUCCCCCAUUUCCAGACUCUCCCUGGAAGAAGAGGCUGAGGAGUAAGGACAAAGAAGAAGAGAAGGAAAAGGUGUUUCUGAGAACCUCUCCUUUGCCCCCACCUCCCUCCAGGACCAAAAGCAGGAAGCAUACCCGGGCACUGCGGAAGUUAAGGGAGGUGAACAGGCGCCUCCAAAACCUCCGUUCCUGCCUGAGCCCCCAGCAGCACCAGGGUCAAGACCACCAGAGCCAAGAGGAUGAGGUGGUCCUAGUGGAGGGGCCCCUCCUCCCAGCGAGCCCCCGACUCUUCCCGCUCAAAAUCCGGUGCCGGGCUGACCUGGUCAGAUUGCCCGUUAGAAUGUCGGAGCCCCUACAGAGCGUGGUGGACCACAUGGCCACCCAUCUGGGGGUGUCCCCAAGCAGGAUCCUAUUGCUCUUUGGAGAGACAGAGCUGUCCCCUACUGCCACCCCCAGGACCCUAAAGCUUGGAGUGGCCGACAUCAUUGACUGUGUGGUGCUAGCAAGUUCUUCGGAGGCCACAGAGACGUCCCAACAGCUCCAGCUCCGGGUACAGGGGAGAGAGAAACACCAGAUGCUGGAGGUCUCGCUGUCUCAGGAUUCUCCUCUCAAGACACUCAUGACCCGCUAUGAGGAGGCCAUGGGACUCUCAGGACACAAACUCUCCUUCUUCUUUGAUGGGACAAAGCUCUCAGGCAAGGAGCUGCCGGCUGAUCUGGGCAUGGAAUCUGGGGACCUCAUUGAGGUCUGGGGCUGAAACCCCACUCCCUGUUUGGAGGCCCAGCCUGGACUUGGGGAGAAUGUCUCCCCUUUUUUGCCUCAUAAAGGCUAGCAGAUGCUAAGCUAGAACUUAUCUUUAAACUGAAGCAAAAUGAAGGAGUGACCUUUGAUCCCCUCUUCUGUUGAUCCUGGUUUCAAGCCAUUAACUACUUGGCGUGGUGGUUGUUGCUGCCCUGGGUGGCCUGUGGCUCCAUCCACAUGGCUGGGUUUUGCAGCCCCUUUGACAUGGAAAAGGUGUGUCCCAUUCCCCACUCCCUUCCACCUCCAUCAUCACCCUUUCCUCAAUGAAAUUUCUGUUCUGUGAAGCUUUGCUUGUGUUUAAAGAGCGACUUGAAAUAGAUAAGAGUUGGGUAUGGGCUUCCAGGCCUGGGAAUUAUGCCGUGCCUAGGACCAGUAGUGGCCUUAGUCUCAUUUGGGGGUUGGUUUUUUUUUUUUUUUUUUUUUAAAAAGAUGACCGGUAAGGGGAUCUUAACCCUUGAGUUGGUGUUGGCAGCACCACGCUCAGCCAGUGAGCGAACCGGCCAUCCGUAUAUGGGAUCCGAACCCGUGGCCCUGGUGCUAUCAGCACCGCACUCUCCCAAGUGAGCCACGGGCCGGCCCCUGGGGGUUGGUUUUUUGUUUGUUUUUGUGGCAGGCCAGUAUGGAUCCGAAAAAAUGUUUUUGUUUUUAGGGUUUUUUUUGUUUUGUUUUGUUUUGGUUUUUUUUGCAUCAUUUGGGGGUUGGGAGUGAAGUUCGCUCGAGGCACAUACACUGGUGUGGUUCCCUGGCUGGCAGGAACGUAAAUGAUCAAGCUCACACACACAUUAGCUUACGCAUAGGCAGACAACUGGGACACUCUGUUGAAGGAUAAAGGUAGUGGGUUCUCAGCCCUGGGAGUCUUCCUCACCCCGAGGACCCUUUAUAACCACACUCUCUGGUACACACUUCCUGGUGCAUACACCUAAGACAUAACUGAGCACAUUCAGCCGUUCUGUUUUGGAUCUCGGGAAUGCAGUCCCAUGCAAGGAUUCUACGGUUUUAUGGUUUUUCCCCCUUUCUUCACACUGUCUUUUCCCAUAAGCACACAAUCAAAUAUUUUAUUCCAUGUCUUUGUAUAUGAAUGUAUCCGUGGAAGAUGCAAUGUUUCCAGUGUGAAUAUGCUUUUACUGUACAUGAGCGAUAGUGUGCAAUAGAUCUUACACUGUUUUCACUCACUAUGUGUAAGAUCUGGCCCCGUUGCUAGUUCUAGACCUGCGCCAUUACUUGGAACUGCUGCGUGGUGCCCCACGGUGGCAUCAAUUGCAUUUUACUUAGACGUUGGCCUUAAGAGGUGGACACCUGGUGCCUCCAACUCCUCAGCACCGGAUACAAGGCCAUGAUAAACAUUCUUUUAUGUGUCCCCUUCUGUACUGGUGUGAAAUUCUCUGACACAAGUACCCAGGAUGAGAUUAUGAGUCAUACACAUUAAUUUCUCUGUGGUUUUCCAGAUUUUUCUUUGGAAUGUUGAUUGACUCUUCCACUUGAGGCUUCCCAUUUCUCAUCCUCACCAGUGCCUGGGAUUGCCCAACUUUCUAAUUUUUGCCAUUCUGAUGGGUAUAAAGUGGCACUGUGCUUUAAUGUACAUUCAUCUGAUCACCAUUAAUUCUGGGAAAAUUUUCACAUACCUGUCAGCCUUUCUGGUUUCUCUUUCUGUGAAUUGCUCAUUUUCUCAUAGGGGCUUCCUGUCUUUAUUGGUUUAUUCUCAGGAGUUGCUUGUAUUCCUGGGCAAUUGCCAGUAACUCUCAAAAUGGUACUUUGUCUCUAGGGGUAUCCUUCACUAAACAGACAUUCUUAAUUCUCU